UCACGUGGAUGCCUCAAAACAGCCGUCGAGAAUUCCGGGACUUCCUGAAAAUAGUGCCAUGUUUUAUGUGGAUUUUUGGCAAAACAAACGAGGAUCUAUUUAUUUUGUGUGGUGGUUUAGAUUGAAUGUGACUACCUUUGUCUUUUCUUUUUAGCGGAUCGAUUGUCGUCAAAGAAACAGUGUAGGAAUAUGUGAUUAUAUGUUUCAGCCGUUACACCUAUCAUAUAUCCCUCCGCUGUUUUUUGUCCCCUUUCAGACUGUUUUGGUCUUUUCGCUGUUAGCAACGGCAAGAACCUGAGAUAGCUGUAAACCCGAUUUGAGAUUAACGUAUUUUUCUGUUAGGAUUACACAACGAAUUGACAAGAGGUCUAACACUCGUUUUUAUUUUUGCGAGAGUGAUUGUCACUUGUUGUCUUUUUAAAAUAUAUUUUUUUCCCGUUUUUAACAGUAAUUGUACAGAUUGCUAAUAUAGAUAGCAACUGUUAGCCAGCUAGUGUCUUAGCAUAGCAUCUUCCUCAAGAGGCACGUUGACAUUACCCUGGUACUAGCUAGACACAUUUUAGGAUUGCUAACGUUAGCGAGCUGUCACACAUCACACCGCCCUAUCGUCAAGGAAUUGCGGUGUUAAUUGGUCGUUUUCAGACGCUGUCUUUUAUGGGAUCACCAUGUCAAUGAAGGCCGGUGGAAAUCGCAGCAAGCCCGGCGGUGGCAACACGGCUGGAGCCGCCGCCGCCGGUACCGGAGGAAGCGGAGGGGGAAGACAGAAUCUGGGCAGGGGGAGACACAGUGGUAAAGGCCCUGCAGCGGUCAUUUUCAAUGGUGUAUAUGCAAACAUGAGGAUGGUCCAUGUCUUGACUUCAGUGGUGGGCACCAAGUGUGAGCUGAAAGUAAAAAAUGGAGCAGUUUACGAAGGAGUAUUUAAAACAUACGGUCCAGAGUGUGACCUGGUGCUAGAUGCAGCCCACAGAAAGAGCCCAGAGCCGAGCAUAGCUCCCAGGAAAGAGGAUAUUGUGGAGAGCAUUAUAUUCAAGGCCUCAGAUGUCGUAGUGGUGACCUUCAAAGAUGUGGACCUGAAUUUUGCCAGGAAAGACAACUUCACAGAUGCUGCAGUGAGCGGUAAGAUCAAUGGCGAGCAUAAAGAGAAGGAUCUAGAGCCCUGGGAUGGAGGAGAGACCCACAACUCUGACAGCCUGGAGUCUCUGGACACCGAUGUCUCAAAUGGGUGGGACCCCAAUGACAUGUUUAAAUACAACGAGGAGAAGUAUGGAGUGUUGUCUACAUAUGACAGCAGCCUGUCCACAUACACGGUCCCCCUGGAGAGGGACAACUCAGAAGAGUUCCUCAAGAGGGAGGCGCGUGCUGCCCAGCUGGCCGAGGAGAUUGAGGGCAGCGCCACAUACAAGGCCCGCGUGGCCUUAGAGAACGAUGAGCGCUCUGAGGAGGAGAAGUAUACUGCUGUGAUGAGAGGGGAUCGGGAGACCCACACACUGAGCAGAGAGAACAAGUACAUUCCUCCGGGUCAGAGGAGCAGGGAGACGAUGUCCUGGGGCCCGGGACGUCAGAACCCAUCUCGCCUGGCUCAGAGCUCAGCGGGCCCCUCGGCUCCUCGAGCAGGACCUCACGACUACAGUCCCAGCGCCGGGGCUGACCAGAGAGUGGUUAACGGAGGUUCAUCCCAUUGGCACUCACCCUGUCCGUCUCCUUCCUCCCGCCCCCCCCCUCGUUACCAGUCUGGCCCCUCCUCCCUGCCUCCUAGGGCGACCACGCCCACCAGGCCACCCUCCAGACCCCCCUCUCGACCUUCCAGGCCUCCCUCUCAUUCAUCCCACCCCUCCUAUCCCUCCUCCUCAUCCUCCUUUUCCCACCAUGGGCCUACGUCACCAGCCUCCACUCUGCCCAAACGCAUGUCUUCAGAAGGCCCACCCAGGAUGUCUCCUAAAUCCCAGCGGACGCCUCGUUCUCACAGAGCGCCACCCUGUAGGACCACCGGAGGGGAUUUCAUUUCCCACAAUGCUCCUGGAGAGGUCCCAGUGACUCCACCAACCAGGAGCAGCUCCUCUGGAGGGACAUGGUCCUCUGUGGUUAGCGGAGCUCACAGACCUCGCUCCCCCCGACAGAAUAAUAUGGGUGGAGCCUCUUCUGGCUCCUCCUCCCUCCCAGCAGCCCAGACAGGAGCUGCUCCUGUGGAAACCGUUUCUACAGCAACAUCAGCUUCCUCUCCUAAUGCUGCUAGCCCCGCCCCCAACAUGGUCACCUCUUCUUCGGCAGAUGCAAAAGAGUGUCGCGUCCAAGAGACAAGACAGACAUCCCCCACGGCUAACAAGGAGAACAUCAAGCCCUUGGACAGCUCACCUAGUGUCACCAGACCAGUCUGUAAAGGACCCCCUUCUAUGGCACCAGACCACAGAAAACAAAUAGAUAAUUUAAAGAAAUUCAGUGUAGAUUUUAGGUUGCAGUCUAGUUCAAACUCAGACCCUGCCUUUGACCCAAUGAUGACCAAGCCCCCCAGAGAUCCAGCAGACAAGCCGAAAGAUCUUCCCAUGGACAAAGCCUCCUCAGUGGGGCGGGAGGGCCCUGAAGACGGUGUGGCUGGUGGAGCACCUGCUCCAUCCACCACAAACGCCAGUAAGCCUGGCAGCCCUGCUGCUCUGUCCCCGUCCCCCUCAGCCCCUGACCAGAAGAGGGCGGGGCUUGAUGUGGCAUCACAGGGAGUCCAGACCAACGCCACGUCCUCAUUCAGCGGAGCCAAGCAUGAAGAGAAGGAGGAGAAAAAGGAGGCCGUACACGAUCAAGUGAGAAAAUCAACUCUGAACCCGAAUGCCCAUGAGUUCAAACCCAGGUUUAACACGCAGCCCAAACCAGCCAACACCCCGACGCCCCCCCGGCCUCAGGGCCAGCCCAGCCCCUCCAUCGUGGUGCAGCAGCCCCCCGCUGUCUACGGACAGACAGUGUGCUUCCCCCAGAUGUAUCCUCUCACACCAGUCAGCCCCGGAGUGCAGAAAAGCAUAAUAUGGAAGGCUCCAGCUAUGUACCAGGUCCAGAUGCCUCACAUGACAGUCGGCCAGUCUAAACCCUACAGACCAGGUAAAGUACCCAACAUGCCCCAGCAGAGGUCAGAGCAGCACCACCCCCAAGGCACGGCCACCAUGAUGCACCCAGCCACCGCAGCGGGACCCCCUAUUGUAGCACAGAGCCCCGCCUACUCUGCCCAGUACUUCACCUGCAGCCCGCAGCAGUUCACCAAUCAGCCUCUGGUGCAGCAGAUGACACAUUACCAAUCACAGGCUCAGCAUGUGUUCAGUCCUGUCAUGCAGGGCAGUGCCAGGAUGAUGGCCCCCCCCACACACGGCCAGCCCACCCUGGUGUCCUCCUCCACCACACAGUACCCAGAGCAGACACACACCAUGUAUGUGUCUCCAGGGCCAAUGCCUCAGCAGUACCCCCACCCCAACGCCACUUUGCACCCUCACCAACAGCACCCCCAGCCCUCUGCCACGCCUACAGGCCAGGGCCAGCAGGGCGGGCCCCAACAACACGGAGUCCCUCAGAACCACCCCGCUGCCAGCCCAGUGCAGCACUCCCAGCACCAGCAGGCGGCCGCAGCGGCAGCAGCAGCCCAGGCCCUCCACCUGGCCAACCAGCCCCAGCAGCAGCAGAUGUACUCUGCCUUGGCCCCCACUCCCCCCUCCAUGACCCCGGGGCCCAACCCACAGUCCCCCCAGGCCUCGUUCCCCUCUGCCCAGCAGACGGUCUACAUCCACCCCCAGCAGGUGCAGCACGGAUACAACCACAACCACAUGGCCCACGUACAGCAGGCCCAUAUGCAGUCUGGUUUGGUGCAGUCCCACCACCCGGGGCAGACCCACCCCACCAUGAUGCUGAUGGCUACCCAGGGUCCUCCGGGGGGGCCGCAGCAAGCCAUGCCCCAGAAUGCCCUCAACCCCAUCCCUGUCUCCUCCACCACACACUUCUCCUACCUGGCGCAUCCACAAGUGCAAGCUCACCAUCAGCAGCAGCUGUAGACAGGGGGGGGGCGCCAGCGAGCCACGCGCUUCUCAACCAGAGCCUCCAUAACCCCGCGAUGAAGAGAACCAGAGCCCUCCCCUCCCCUCUCCUCUCUUCUCUCAUCCUCACCAGACUUGCUUCACAUCAGCUUUUCUCUCCCCCCACUCCCCUUCCCUCCCUCCCUCCCCCCCUGACUAGGCAAUAAGAGAACG